AUUCACUGUCGCCGCCGCGGCCGUCACAGUUCUCCUCCACUCCUUGUCCUUCUCCUUCCUGCACUCAUCUCUCUUCUAGAACGAUUCCUCUAUUGGUUUAGUUUAGCGCAGCAGCUUCAAAUCCAUCACAAUUCCUGCAUCAAUACGUGGACGGAGAAGAAGAUUCUCGUGCUUCAGCGUUAUAGUCUAGUUUCUCGCUUGUGAUGGAGUUGACAGCACCUUGUUCAAGGACUGUGAACAGUCAUCGUCUUCAUUACACUGUCUCCUCUGCCGGAUUCCACCUCCAGCGAAGCAUAUCAGUAUCAUCUCAUAACCUAAACUCUUCAUUUCCAAAUUUGAAGGCAAUUUCUCGCAGCAAGAGUUGCCGUUGUGAAGCAGUUAUCAUUGAUCGAACCAAUAACCAGGCUCCUUUAGAGAAGAUGAAGAGCAUGUCUCAUGAUCAUGAGCUCUCAAGUUUGACUGCGUUGUCGCCUUUGGAUGGUCGGUACUGGAAUAAGGUUAAGCAGUUGGCUCCUUAUAUGAGUGAGUAUGGACUUAUUCGCUACAGAGUACUAGUUGAGAUCAAAUGGUUGCUGAAGCUGUCACAGAUUCCUGAGGUUACUGAAGUUCCACUUUUCAGUGAUGAAGCUCAGUCUUUUUUGCAAGAUUUGAUUGAUAGGUUCUCUGAGAAUGAUGCUUUGGAAAUAAAGAAUAUUGAGAAAGUGACGAACCAUGACGUGAAAGCUGUUGAGUACUUCUUGAAACAGAGAUGUGAAUCGAAUCCUGAGGUUGCAAAGGUUCUUGAGUUUUUCCAUUUUGCCUGCACUUCUGAGGACAUAAACAAUCUAGCUCAUGCAUUGAUGCUGAAAGAAGCUUUAAGUGUCGUUAUGAUCCCUGUGAUAGAUGAAUUGAUCAAGUCAAUUUGUAACUUGGCAAAAACAAAUUCCCGUAUUCCUAUGUUGUCUAGGACUCAUGGACAGCCUGCUUCACCUACAACACUUGGGAAGGAAAUGGCUAUUUUUGCUGUUCGGUUGUGCAGAGAAAGGCAAGAACUCUCUAAAACUAAAGUGAUGGGUAAAUUUGCUGGUGCAGUGGGCAAUUACAAUGCACAUAUUUCUGCAUAUCCUGAAAUCCAAUGGCCUCAAGUGGCACAGGAAUUUGUGGAAUCUCUUGGGUUGACUUUCAACCCAUAUGUCACUCAGAUUGAGACUCAUGACUAUAUGGCAAAACUUUUCCACACUAUGGUCCAAUUCAACAACAUUUUAGUUGAUUUCGACAAAGAUGUCUGGGGAUACAUAUCAUUAGGUUAUUUUAAGCAGAUAACCAAGGCUGGGGAGAUUGGGUCCUCAACCAUGCCUCACAAAGUGAAUCCAAUUGACUUUGAGAAUAGUGAAGGCAAUCUUGGCAAGGCUAAUGCGGUUCUAUCUUUUCUAAGCACAAAAUUACCUAUUUCGCGAUGGCAGCGUGACUUGACCGAUUCAACAGUUUUGAGGAAUAUGGGAGAAGGUCUAGGACAUUCCCUGCUUGCGUAUAGAAGCACAUUGCAGGGUAUUGGGAAGCUCCAGGUCAAUGAAGCAAAAUUGUUUGAAGACUUGAACCAAACUUGGGAGAUCCUGGCUGAGCCAAUUCAGACAGUGAUGCGAAGAUAUGGAGUGCCAGAACCGUAUGAGAAGCUGAAAGAGCUAACGAGAGGAAGAGUAGUGACGAAAGAGCGUAUAAGGGAGUUCAUUGAGAAUUUGGAACUGCCUUCUGUUGCAAAGGACAACCUCUUGAAGUUGACCCCACAUACCUAUAUAGGAGCGGCGGUUGAAUUAGCUGAGAAUGUCGAUGAUGAGGUAAGCUCAUUGAUGAAGUCAUGAAUUUCAAAUGAAGUUUGCGAUGUGAUUGAUUGAUGAUUUUGCCUUGGAAGAAUAGAGUAUAAUAAAGCUGAAAUUGACAAAUUUGCAUUUGUUGGUGUUGUUUAACAUAUAUUGAUUGGUUUCAAUUAGAAUUAGAAUUUAUUUUCCUUGUGGAAUUAGCAAGUCUGUGUUGUACUUGUAGCCUUUGUAGGGGCUUUUUGGUCAUAUAUAGAUUGAAGUUGAUACAGAUUUUGACAUCCAUCCUGAUGAGUGAAAAUGGGAUGAAAAUCAAUUUAGAAUUUUAUCUUAAUCUU